AUGGCGAUCACGAAACAAAAAGCGAAAGGACGUCUCGACAAGUGGUACAGACUAGCGAAAGAGAAGGGUUAUCGUGCUCGAGCUGCCUUCAAACUUAUCCAGCUCAACAAGAAGUAUGGGUUCCUGGAAAAGAGCAGGGUCCUUCUGGAUCUUUGCGCGGCACCUGGUUCAUGGCUUCAAGUAGCGGCCGAGGUGAUGCCCCAGGGAAGUUUGAUUAUAGGCUGUGAUUUGAGUCCUAUCAAGCCAAUUCCUCGAGUUACAUCCUUUCAGUCUGAUAUCACCACCGAAGAUUGCCGAGCUACGAUAAGAGGUCUCCUAAAGACACACCGGGCGGACACUGUCAUCCAUGACGGCGCACCCAACGUUGGAACAGCCUGGGCGCAGGAUUCCUUUUCUCAGGCUCAUCUUGUCUUGCAGUCGCUGAAGCUCGCUUGCGCCUUCCUCCGCGAAGAUGGAACUUUCGUCACCAAAGUCUUCCGGUCUAAAGACUACAACCCUCUCUUGUGGGUUUUCAAACAGCUAUUCCAUAAAGUAGAAGCAACGAAGCCGUCUAGCUCGCGAGCAGUCAGUGCGGAAAUCUUUGUCGUAUGUCGUGGGUACAAGGCGCCAAAGAAGUUGGAUCCGCGACUCUUGGAUUCCACGUACGUCUUUGCGGAACUCGCAGGCCCUACCCCGAACAAUGAAGCCAAAGUCUACAAUCCCGAAGUCAAGAAACGCAAACGAGAUGGUUAUGAUGAGGGCGACUUCACUCAGUUUAAGGAAAUGCCAGCCAGCGAGUUUAUCCAAACUACCGAUCCUAUUGCAGUCCUGGGCCAAUACAACAAACUCACUUUCCAGCAACCGCGCAACGGAGAUGUAGCUUUGGCCGCACUUGACAAACUUCCCGAGACGACAGAUGAAAUCCGAAAUUGCUGUUCCGACCUCCGAGUAUUAGGACGAAAGGAUUUCAAACGUCUUCUCAGAUGGCGCUUGAAAGUUCGUGAGAUCUUUGGAUUUAAGACGAAGGAGACUCCUACUACGGAGGAGCCUCCUGAGGAAGUCGCGGAGGUCGAGUCAAUGGACGAAGAGCUCAAGAUCCAGGAGGAACUGCAAAGCAUGAAGGACCGAGAAAACACCAAAAGGAAGCGAGAAAAACGAAAGGAGAACGAGCGAAAACAACGCGAGGUUGUGCGCAUGCAACUGAAUAUGACGGCUCCUAUGGAUAUCGGAAUGGAAGAAGCUGGCCCCAUCGGAGAAGGUGCGAUGUUUUCGCUCAAGAAAGUCGACAAGACAGACGCUAUGCGAAGACUGAACCGGGGCAAAAUGAUUGUUCCUUCCCAGGCUCCCCAGAAGCAGAUAGACAGCGGUCUUGGCUCGUCUGGGGAGACAGAUGAUGAGAGUGAUCCUGAGGAGGACCGCUUGGAGCGAGAGCUUGAUUCGAUGUACGACCAGUACAAGGAACGCAAAUCCGAGAUUGACGCCAAGUAUCGAGCGAAGAAGGUUCGCAAGGAGCAUGGCGACGAUGAGUGGGAGGGCUUAUCUGGCGAAGAGGCCGAUGAGAAAAACGACUCCUCUGAUCUUGAAGAAGAUGAUUCCUCUGAUGAUGAAGAAGAUGCGGCCCCCUCAAAGGGACUCAUUCGGGAUCUGGAUCCUUCAAAGGGAGCCAAUGGACUUUCUAAGAGGGCCACGAAUUUCUUCAACCAGGACAUCUUCCAAGGUAUCACAGGCAUUGCACCUGAAGAAGAGGAGUCUGCCGAAGAUAGUGCGGAUGAGGAGAUCGACCGAGAUGCAGCAGCUAUCGUCGCUCAACAGACUAAGGCUCGUAAAGUCGAAACACCUGCUGCCAAGCCCGCCAAGACCAAGGAAGCUACUGUUGACUCUGAUUCCGACAUGGAAGGUAAUGAGGCAGGCUUCGAGGUUGUGAAACGGGACGAAGAGGAUGAUUGGGACAAGGACCAGCGAAGAGCUGAUGGCAGACUUGAUAUCGACAUCAUCACUGCCGAGGCCAUGACCCUCGCGCAUCAACUCGCCACAGGACAGAAGACAACUCACGAUGCUAUUGAUGAUGGCUUCAACAAGUACGCCUUCCGUGACCGUGAUGGUCUCCCAGACUGGUUUGUUGAGGAUGAGGGACGACACGACAAGCUCCAGAAGCCCAUCUCCAAGGCGGCGGCACAGGCUAUCAAGGAGAAGAUGCGAGCCUUCAAUGCUCGUCCUAUCAAGAAGGUGCGCGAGGCUAAGGCUCGCAAGAAGUACAAGGCUGCGCAGCAGCUGGAGAAGCUCAAGAAGAAGUCCGAUAUGCUCAACAACGACGAGAACAUGACAGAGAAGGAGAAGGCGGACAGCAUUGGGCGACUUAUGGCCAGGGCACAGAAGAAGAAACCAACAAAGCAGGCGGCCAAGCUUGUCGUGGCUCGUGGUCUCAACCGUGGUAUCAAGGGACGUCCCAAGGGUGUCAAGGGUCGUUACAGAAUUGUCGAUCCUCGUAUGAAGAAGGAGUUGCGAGCGCAGAAGAGGAUCAAAAAGAGGAACUAA